CCCUCCCACAAUCAGCAAGGGGAAGGAGAGGCGUCCAUUUUGUGCAAGUUGCGGAGCGGGACGCUGGAGCCAGAGUGAAAGCAGCCGAGGAGAAGAAACGAGACUAAAGCUGUAUAUAUAUAUAUAUAUCUCUGUUAAAACACAAGCCCGGUCGUAAUCGCGGUGAGAAUGAGCGCCGUGGACGUCAAGAAGCUGAAGGUGAAUGAGCUGAAGGAGGAGCUGCAGGCCCGGGGGCUGGAUGCUCGCGGCCUGAAGGCGGACCUCGCUGAGCGGCUGCAGGCCGCACUGGACUCCGAGGCCUUGGGGGAUGCGGUCGCGCCGCCACAGGGGGCCGUGCUCGGCGAAAGAUACGCCGGGGACGGCGAGGAACUGGGAUCCGGCGAGGAACUGGGAUCUGGAGAGGAACUGGGAUCUGGAGAGGAACUGGGAUCCGGCGAGGAAGAGGUGGCCGAUAACGGAGAGGAUAAUGCUGAAGACGGCGAGAAGGGAGAGCCAGACGAAGCCUUUGCCAUGGAGACCCGAGACACGCUGGCUGAGCAAGACCAGGGCUUCAGCGAGCUGCACACAGACGGGCUGGACGACAUGUCAGUCAAGGAGGAGAGCAAGCCCCCCCCAGAGGAGGAGGAGGAGGAGGGGGCUGAGCAGCAACCAGACCCCCUGGAAGAAGACCGCAAGCCAGACCCAGAAGUCAAGACUGAGGUGAAGGAGGAGGAGGAGGAGGAGGAACCGAAGUCCGAUCCAGUCACUUCAGAACAGAGUCAGGACGGGUCGGUCGAGCCCAAACAGGAAAAGGAACGCCCCCCUCAGCACCACCAGAGCCGCAAGAGACCUUACGACGAGGGCAGAGGCCGUGGCUACUACGAGCACCGCGAGGAUAAGAGGUCCAGAUCUCCACAGCCUCCUGCAGAAGAUGACGAAGAGGAUUUUGAUGACACUCUAGUGGCCAUUGACACCUAUAACUGUGACCUGCACUUCAAGGUAGCGCGUGACCGCUACAGCGGUUAUCCGCUGACCAUCGAGGGCUUCGCUUACCUCUGGUCAGGCGCUAGAGUCUCCUACGGUGUCAACAAAGGCAAAGUCUGCUUCGAGAUGAAGAUCAAUGAGGAGAUCGCUGUGAAGCACCUUCCUUCCAGCGAGCCAGACCCACAUGUUGUGAGAGUCGGCUGGUCUUUGGACUCCUGCAGCACUCAGCUUGGAGAGGAGGAAUUCUCUUAUGGCUACGGAGGAACCGGGAAGAAAUCCACCAACUGCAAAUUCGAGGAUUUCGGGGAGAAGUUCACGGAGAAUGAUGUCAUCGGCUGUUUCAUUGAUUUCGAGGCCGGCGAGGAGGUGGAAAUGGCUUACUCCAAGAACGGCAAGUGGCUGGGCGUGGGGUUCAAGGUGAGCAAGGAAGAGCUGGCGGACCGUGCCCUGUUCCCCCAUGUCCUGGUCAAGAACUGCGCCAUCGAGUUCAACUUUGGACAGAAAGAGGAGCCCUUCUUCCCUGUCCCCGAGGGGUACACCCUGGUGCAGAGCGUGCCUCUGGAGGACCGGGUUCGGGGCACCGUAGGACCCGCCUCCAAGGCAGAGUGCGAGAUCCUGAUGAUGGUGGGCCUGCCCGCGUCUGGAAAGACAACCUGGGCCGAGAAGCACGCCUCUGAGAACCCAGCAAAGAAGUUCAACAUCCUGGGAACCAACGCCAUAAUGGAGAAGAUGAAGGUGAUGGGUCUUCGUCGACAGCGUAACUACGCUGGCCGCUGGGACGUGCUGAUCCAGCAGGCGACUCAGUGCUUGAACCGCCUGAUCCAAAUCGCAGCGCGCAAGAAACGCAACUACAUCCUGGAUCAGACAAAUGUUUAUGGAUCAGCCCAGAGACGAAAAAUGCGUCCUUUUGAAGGUUUUCAACGCAAGGCUAUUGUAAUUUGUCCCACGGAUGAGGAUUUAAAAGAGCGAACGUUAAAGCGCACUGAUGAGGAGGGAAAGGAUGUGCCUGAUCAUGCUGUGUUAGAAAUGAAAGCGAACUUCGCUCUCCCGGAGUCCGGCGAGGUUCUGGACAGCGUGACCUACGUGGAGCUGGAGAAGGACGAGGCGGAGAAGCUGGUGAAGCAGUACAACGAGGAGGGGAAGAAAGCGGGGCCCCCCCCGGAGAAGAGGUUCGACGGGCGCUCCGGAGGGUUCCGGGGCCGCGGAGGAGGAGGGGGCUUCCAGAGAUACGACAACCGCGGGGGACCUCACGGGGGCAGAGGGGGAUACCAGAGCAGAGGGGGCUCGGGAGGUGGCUACAGAGGAGGCUAUAACCGCGGCGGCUACAAUCAGAACCGCUGGGGCAACAACCGGGACGGGGGCCAUGGGGGGCGAGGCGGCUACAACCGGAACCAGCAGCAUGGGGGGGGGUACAGCCACAACCGCACUUCCAGCUACAAGGGCGCCGGUGGAGGGGGGGGAGCCUCUGGGGGUUACAACCAGGCCCAGGCCUACAACCAAGGCUACAACCAGGGCAACUACAACCAGGGCUACAAUUACGCUGGCUACAGCCAGGGCUACAGCCAGCCCGCUGCCGCAGCUGCCACCACCGGGCACAGCUACAGCCAGCAGCCGGCCCAGCCCUCAACGCAGCAACAGCAGACCUACAACCAGCAGUACCAGCAGUAUGCCCAGCAGUGGAGUCAGUAUUACCAGAACCAGAGCCAGUGGAACCAGUACUACAGCAAUUACCCCAACUACUCGGGCAGCACAGGGACUGGCUCAGGGGCCCAGUAAACCUCCCCAAGCAGGGUUUCACUCUGGGGCUGGUCCUUCUACCCCUCCAUGGCCCCUCCUCUCCAUCUCCUUCCUCGAGGGGAGGGAUUGGCGCGUGCGUUUAGGAUGGCAACUUUUUUUUUGA